GCUGCUCGACUGCAGAGAGAGAGGUAGGUUAAUACGUGAUACAUAUUAUCGAGACGCUGAGAAUCCUCGCUACUCGCGUAAGCUCUGGGUACCUUUAUAGAGGGUACGCGCUGCACAAGCUCCUGAUCCUUGAAGCAGUCGACGUUGGCAUUAACGGUGGGCGGUCAUGGGAGCAUCACACUUUUUGUUGUUGCUGCUGUUGGCGGCAGGACUGGCACAAGCAGCGUGGAACUCACGCAGCUCGCUUCCUUCCGUCAACCCGUGGGCCACGCACAGCUUCCGCGAUUGGUUGCGGUCUGUGGUACUCAACCGUCGCUGGAGUUUUUUGCCCCAGAAAAACACGGGCGACGAUCAGGAGAGCCUCUAUCAAGAUGACGGAAUGGACCACGCCCGAUCAGGCACGCCUACAACCACGGACAGCGUUCUGCAUGGUGCCCAGUUUGGCGGCGACUAUGGGUUCCCACGCUACGGCGGUCAGUCCCGCAUGAGCCGAUACGGAAUCGACUACGGAGACUAUGACGCACGCCUGCAUAGCUUGAGGGGACACCACUAUCGUAGGCCUUUCGCUCACUCUUUUGGCGUCUCGGGCUACGCGGAGCUCCACGACAGCCUGGCCUAUCCAAGAUGGACGCACCAGUUUUCCGGCCAGGAGCAUCCGACCACCUUUGACCCCUACCUCGCGAACCCGUACUACCAGAAUCCGUUCCACGCGCAGCGGUUUGUUGCGCAGAACCCGUACUUUCGUAUUUAAAGCUACCGCGCAGCAUCCUGGAGACGCGCUAAAAUGUCUGAUGCUAUGAAUUAAAGCAAACUUUGUACUUUGCUGUCCACCGUUAAAUUGAACCCUUCACUGUAGUGCGCGGGUGAAUUUUGCCCCUCGUCGAAAUCUGUCGAGGUGAAAAGAACGAAGGACAAAGACUCGGGGAAUUCUGGGGCUCUCUCCCCACUUAAUAUUUUAUUACACCGACGACAAUAUAUACACACACACAAGGGCACAUGGAGGAUGCAAGAUCUAAUCAUGCCACUCAUGAAUUAAACUUGUGGGUUGUGCAAGGUGACAGAUGUUUGUCUUACUCACAAGGCAGAGUCUUUAUAAUAUUGUAUGCUUGGACUGGUUCGCGAGUUAUUUGGUUUCUACACCGAAACAGAACCUUGGUCUCCUGAAAUUUUUCGCUCGGGUCAGUGCACAAUCACCCAACUUAGCAACAGAUGAAUCGCUGAAUGGUAGCGCUAGCAUUUCUUUUUCUACUCAUCUGUGCAGUGCGUUGGCAACGCUUCAGUCGCCCCUUGAAGCUAGAGUGCCCGCACAGUGAGAGUAUGCAUAAGAGCAUUCCCUUUAAAAGUGGACGGCAAUAAGGUGUCAGUGUUCAACAACAAUUGAAAAAAAGGAACUUCAUUUUCCAGCCUCUAACGUUCCCGCCAACAUGUUCAAAUAACUAUAUUUCUGAAUAAAGCAACGCCUUUUCUGCUGCCACUGUGGUGUGAAACUGAGGAGGGAGACGUUUGCAUAUACACUUCAGAAAAAUUCAUGCUUCAAUUUCAAUUAUGUAAAUAAAUGUCGAUUUAUUCGAAA